AGAUUUCAUUUCAAAUAUCUUUAAAUUCCUCCUUUUCAAUCCGCUCCCUUUUCUUCUUCUUUCUUUUUCUCUAAACCCACUGCAUGAACUUAAACUAACCUUUUCAGUAAAAAUGAAGAAAAUGAGCAUGGUUUCCUUUCGGUUGUUUCCGAUAACGGUUUGAUGGUCGGAAAACGAUCGAAGUCGUCGUCUUCGGAUGUUAAAUCGCCCCUUUCACCGGCGAAGAACACAAUGGGUUCCGACAAUAAAGACGAAGAUGCUCCCGGUAAUUCUUUUGGUCGGAAAGACAAACUUGGUCGCGGGAGUCUCUCUCGUUUUGUCAAUGCCGUCUUCUUUGAAACUUCCCUGAUGAAGAGAAGUAGAAGCAAGAAACUGGAUCAGAAGCUGCACCGGAUUUACAAUGGCGAGAUAUCCAAAUCUAAAUCUGAAUCAAAACCGAACAAGAUUUUUAGUCCGACAAUCAACGAUGUGCCACUGUGCGAGGGCAUCGAUCACUCAACAAGUGACAAUUCUUCUAAGGUAUCAUCUUGUUUAUCAAAAGAUUCCUCUUCAUCAUCGCCGAGUUCGUUGGCAUCUGAUCGUUCAUUUUCAUCAUCGUCGAGUUCGUUGUUGUUAAUGACGGCAUCUGAUCGUUCAUUUUCAUCAUCGCUGUUAAUCUUCAUCUUCACUUUCCUGUAAUUCGAGGCCAGCAUCGUCCAAAACCGCGGCAAACAAUAAAAUGCUUGAAAAGGACCAUGGUUCCAAGAUUGUUUCUUGUUGUUUGCUCCUUGUGAGCCAAUUGGUUUUGGUCAUUUGGGGUAAAGUUCUGCAACUCGGCCGUGCUUGUCUUUGCGAACCGGUGGACUAAACGAGGUCCAUCGGAUAAUGCUGCGGUUGAUCCUUGUGUAUCCGACAUUGAUUCGAAACAUUACAGGAAGA